AUGGCAAACAUAAAGUCCGUGAAGGUGAGCGAGGUCGCGCUUCUCCAACGCGCUGCGCUGCGAUGGUACUCCGAUGAAGACCAGUUGUGCGCUAUUCUGUACACGCCUCUGAGCGAAAUCCCUAGCCUUGUUACGCAUAACGGUGCGACAUGGUAUGACAGGGACGCGCUACUCCGACACUUCCAAGGACCAAGAUCGCUUGUGGAUCCCGCGACAAACGUGAAAUGGAGACGAAAGCUGAAAGCGGCAAAAUUGACAGAGUCAGCAGAGUCUGCACUUGCCCACUGUUACCUGGACGUCGACGACCUGUUACAAAAGAUCAUGUCGUCUCGCAGCUACGAAGACAUAACGUUACCAAACUCGGCGGGAGCCCCUCGCGCACUUGACCACAACGUUGGAAGUUUCCUUUCCUCAACAAAAAUGUCUCAAUGUGAGGCACAACCACAAUGCAAAGAUAAAUUGUUGCAAGUUGCGCGUGAGCGGUUGGCGCAAAUGGAAGACACAAAAACUCGACGCGCAGUUCUGGCAUUUGCGAUCAAGAGGGCUGGUAGAAUUCUUCGACAAUCUGCGACACAACAAGGGUCCGCCGGUCAUAGCGCCGCGCAAAGCCAACGGCAGAGAUCGAAAGCAAAGAUUGAUUCAAUGGACUUCAGCGUAAUCCUUGAGACCAAGGCUCUCUGCGUGCUUUUCGAUCCUGCAGGCAAUGCACUUCUGACGGCGGAAGACGCGAAACCGAUUGAAAGUGCUGAAAAAGAGUCGUUCUCCUCCUUGUCUUGCAAGGCUAGCGUAAAAAACGGAGCCGAGGGCUCCUCGAUUGCCCGUGUUCGUAACGUGAAGAAAGAACACUUUUUCACGGAUAGAAAGUUGGCGAACAAAAAGAAGAAAAUGAAACGCGUCCGCGAGGAGUGUCGCAUGCGCCAAGCCAAAAAACAGGAACUACUUUUCCCGGGUUCCAGUAAUUCUAGCUGCAGCAGAAGUAGCUCCAGUAGCAGUGCUCAGCCACAGAUGAAGCGCGCUGACAAUGGACAGGCGCACGGAAGCGCUGGCUCAGCACAAGAAGAAAGCGGUGGACAUGCAAGAAAGAAACCACGCCUAGAAUAAAACUGAGAUGCUGCUACACGUGGAUUGUUAAACGUGAAAACUUCUUGAAGUUGAAUGCGAUCAUGGGUAUCGCGACGUACUAUGUUAUCUACUACACACACCCUCAUCCACCUGACCCUACACUCACACAUGAUUUUGGUACCACGUUUGGAGCUUGAUGCUUUUUAUGAUGUUGUUUGAACUUCCAUUCUAUUACCGAAUCUCGAAGAACCCACCUAAUUCUACAAUUGGAGACCACCUCUUUCUUAUUUCCGAAUCCGUCACCACCUUAUAUAUUCUAUACUUGGAGAUAGCAAGCAAAGUGUCUUGGCCGGCUUUGGAGUGCUGUCAUGAGGAGAAAAGUUCCCCUGCAUAGCUGAGGCGGGACUUUUUCUGACUCGGUCCGGGCCACAACUCAACUGUGCCCAUUUGUCUGGUGUAUCCAUUCUUUGUGAAAGAGAAAGGCUGAAAAAAUGACUGUUUUUAUUUUUAUGUCUAAAUAGGUUUAGGUAUAGCUCUGCUAGUCUAUUUAGAAGGUACAGGGUGGCUGAAAGGCCUCUAUAACGUUCGAAUGACGUGAGAAGAGGUUCCAUGACAUGUGGAUGUGAUUGUGGAGAAAAAGCAAGAUCGAAG